UCAGUGACGUAAGCGUGUCGGCGUAGAACCCGGAUGAUGACAGCUAACAGCUUCUAACAGCCAAAACCCAAAGGAAAAGUAACCGCAGCAGCUUUCCGGCUAACUGUCCCAGGUAAUGUGCCAGAGCACAGAGAGGUAAUGAAUGCCCGCCGCCGCCAUGGUCCUAAGAGCAGCCAGGAAGGGGUGUACACUGGGCCUUCACAGACCCAGUCCCAGCUGGUCCAGCCGCUGGAUACCCCCCAGGCUAUACCAGUUCCCCAUGCCCCUCUUGUAGACACCAGCAACAUGUCCUGCCGAGACCGCACCAGCGAGUUUGAGUCUGUGUGCAAGUCCUUGCAAGGAAGACAGAAUGGAGCACAAGAUAUUAAACCAGUUCACAAUGCAGUCAGACAACGGAGUGACUUCACUCUCAUGGCAAAGAGAAUCGGCAGGGACCUUAGCAACACCUUUGCCAAGCUGGAAAAGCUCACGAUACUUGCCAAAAGGAAAUCCCUCUUUGAUGACAAAGCAGUAGAGAUUGAUGAAUUGACAUAUAUUGUGAAACAGGAUAUUAACAGCCUGAAUAAACAGAUAGCGCAGCUGCAGGAGCUGGUCCGCUCUAGGAAUGGGCAAAACAACAGACAUCUCCAGACACAUUCCAAUACCAUCGUUGUUUCGUUGCAGUCAAAAUUGGCAUCAAUGUCAAGUGAUUUCAAGUCAGUUCUGGAGGUCAGAACAGAGAAUCUGAAGCAGCAGAAGAGCAGACAGGAACAGUUUUCUCAGUCUCCAGCCUCAUCCUCGUCGUUUCAUGACAACAGCUUUAGCAAUUCAGUUUUGAUGCAGGAUAAUUCAAAUAAAGCAGAUAUUUCCAUAGACAUGGAUCUUCGAUCCAGCCAGCAGAUGCAACUCCUAAAUGAGAAGGAGUCUUAUAUUCAGGAUCGAGCGAACACUAUGCAGAAUAUAGAGUCAACCAUUGUGGAGCUGGGAUCUAUUUUUCAGCAGCUGGCCCACAUGGUUAAAGAGCAGGAAGAGACGGUUCAAAGGAUUGAUGCUAAUGUGGAAGACACUCAGCUUAACGUCGACCUUGCUCAUACUGAAAUCCUCAAGUACUUUCAGUCUGUCUCCAACAACCGCUGGUUGCUCAUCAAAAUAUUCCUCAUUCUCAUCAUUUUUUUCUUCAUCUUUGUGGUCUUCUUGGCCUGAGAUCUAUGGACACCCCACUGGAUUUAGUACUGAGAAGCUGUUGAGAAGAAGCCAUUUCUGACAGGAGUGAAGCAGUAGGAAAUUACUAGAAUGUAGAAUGGUGAAUGGAGAGGUUGGACACACUUUUUCUUUUUCUGCUCAGAUACACGCUCUCUGUCUGGGUAGAGCUUGUAUUGUCAAAUGCUCUACAAUUGCAGACAAGCUUCCUUUGGAACAUGAGCAGUGUUAAAGUAAACUGGUAAUUCUGGUUGUAUUUUAUUUUUGUGGCUAAAAAGAUUUUAGGGUUGCAGUAGUUUUAUACAACGAGAAAAAAACCACCCCACUGUUUGCCUCCUCUGUAGUUAAGAAGAAUAUAUGGAUCUACACAGAUGUGCAGACAGCUUGUUUCUUUUAUCCUAAUGAUCAGCUAGCAGGGGGCUCCUGAAUAAUUCUGGUCUGAAACUGCCAUUUAAUUCUCUCAGGCUUGAUUACACUGUGUAAUGUCAGUGAUUCAGGAACACAGUUAUCUAGUUAAAGCAAUAUUCCAGUUACUUUUGGCAUCUUUUGGCGGCAAUCCAGUUGUUGGUAGCUGUGAAUCUUAUUUAACGGCUGAAUACAAUGACUGCCAGAUGUAAAACUAGUCUUUAAAGGCACUUGACCAAUGGUAACUGGACUUGCUAGCAUCUAAGCUGUUUAAACAUUAUUAAGGAAAGACCCCAUAAUAUUGUGCCCAGAAAUACGUGGUGGUGCAGCCCUGUUCUGAGCAAGACAGUGGAGCAAGACAUUUAUUAGAAUGAAUAAAGGAAGAGUCAGAAUGAAACCGUAGCUCUACAGAACAUGUGAACACUGAGUAAGGUACUGCAGAAUUGCGUAUCGUCACUGUUGGAACAAAACUUCUAUCCAAACCAUAUCUCUUCAGGAAAAAGUACAUGCACUCCUAAAUUUAAAUGCCAGUUAAUAUAACAAGUAGUUAUGAACUAUUAUUAUGUAUAAUGAACUAUUCUCACAAUAUAAUGAGCGGCUGUGGUUUUUAAAUGAGGGGAAAAAAUGGAGGUUUUGAUUGAGCAGUAACAAUAGCACCUGCAGACAUGCCAUUUUAUUGAAUGCAUACCGUGGUACCAUAUAUGCAGUGUCAGGGAAACAAGCGUGUAAAGGUUGUUUUUUUUGUUUGUUUUUUUUUUGUUGUUUUUUGUUUUUUUUCUUUCCUUCAAUUUCAAACAUGGUUAUAACUUGUAGGAGAUGCAAUGGAUUCUAAUUCACUGUUUACACUGACAUUCCAGCCUUUAACGUAUAGCUGUACUGUGAAAUGAGAAGAAAUCAACCACAGGAUACAAAUGGAGGAACAUCAGUGGAUAAUGAUGCUGUGUUUAGCUUUAAUUUCUGAUUCCUCUGUCCAUCCCUGUUGGUCCUUGUUAGUUUUGCUUUGAGAGAGCAUCUCCUCUGUCUUACAUUUGCCUUCUUAUUUCUGUUGCAGGUUCUUUGUACCUUUCACUUACAACAGUAUCAGUACCUUAAAUUAUUAGAGGGACAACUGAACCUUUUGAAUGGUCACUGUGUAUUUUGUGACUGUAAUUACUGGUAUUAUGUAACUAAACACUGCACGUGUUAAUAUUUUUAAGGAGAUCAGAGUCUACAAGUAAAAAUGUUCACAUAUUUGCAUGUUUCAUGCUUUUCACUGGUUCUGCUUCGAAAUCUGCAUUUAAAAGUGUUCACUUACACGUUCAAAUAAUGCAUUUCCGAAUGGUUUGUAACUGCACAACAUUGUAAUACGUUGUCAGACUUUUUGCUUUAUCUCGGGCUGAGCAUUCUUGAGAACAUACUGUGCUGUAGUCAGACUUUUCAUUUAUUUAAUGUGUUUCGGUGUGGAAGAAUCAGAGGUGAAACAUGAAAAAGAAAUGUAUGGCUAGACAACAUGAGGCAGCUGAGGGGCAGACUGAAAGCAAUUAAGACAAAAGUUUUAGAGUGGCGGCAGGUUUUAGAAUUUGCUGUUUAAAAAAGUAUAACAUUACGUUUUAAAUUGUGUUUGGUUGUUAAAUACUGUAAAUAUAUGUUUUUAUUACACUA